GUAAUGAUUUUAUCCAAACAAGAGAGAGAAGAGACCACUCCUUCCCUCUCUUCCCCUUCGCCCUUAACUCUCUCAAUCUUCAACAGGAUCUGAUAUGAAUCAUGGGCUGGAACUAGAUGCGUUCUUGGACAUUUUCCAUCAAGACUUUCCUUCCUCUUUUUGCUAACUUGGAUGGAUAUUUGCUCUUUCGUCCUUCUCUGAUUGCAGGAGCAUCUAGUGGCAUUGGUGCGGAAACUGCUCGCGUUCUUGCAAUGCGCGGUGUCCAUGUAAUCAUGGGGGUCAGGAAUAUGUCUGCUGGUAGCGAUGUAAAAGAUGCAAUUGUUAAGGAAAUUCCCUCUGCCAAAGUUGAUGUCAUGGAGUUGGACCUCAGCUCAUUUGAAUCAGUAAGGAAAUUUGCAUCAGAAUACAAUUCCUCGGGUCGUCCAUUGAACCUCCUGAUUAACAAUGCAGGAAUUUCGGGCACUCCUUUCAAGCUUUCCAAAGACAACAUAGAACUACAUUUUGCAACAAAUCACCUUGGUCAUUUUCUUUUGACAAACCUCUUGUUGGAUAGAAUGAAGAAAACAGCAUGUGAAAGUAAAAGAGAAGGGCGAAUUGUAAAUGUGUCAUCAGAGGCUCACUAUCUUUUCCAAUAUCCUGGGGGAAUUCGUUUUGAUAGGAUCAAUGAUCAAUCAGGGUACAGCAAAUUUACUGCAUAUGGCCAAUCAAAGCUAGCUAAUGUUUUGCAUGCUAAUGAACUUGCAAGACGUCUUAAGGAAGAGGGAGUGGAUAUAACUGCAAAUUCACUUCAUCCAGGGGCAAUUGUCACUAACAUUUGCCGUCAUUAUUUUGGCAUUUUUAAUGGCCUUCUUCGCAAGGUUGGUAAACUUGUAUUCAAGGGUGUCGAGCAGGGAGCUGCUACAACGUGCUAUGUGGCAUUGCAUCCAAAAGUAGAGGGAGUUACGGGUGAAUAUUUUAAGGACUGUAAUAUUGGGCAAGCAGGCGAGAAAGGAAGGGAUGCCGAGUUGGCCAAGAAACUCUGGGAUUUCAGCAUGGAUAUGAUCAAAUGAUGUUGCCAGCAUGCAUUGGUAUUCGGUGUGUAUAAAUAUAUGGUCACACUAAUCUUACAUGUACUAUAAGACUAUACUUUUUUUUUUUCUUUUGAAAAGCAAAAGAUAUUAUGAUAUUAAUAAUGUGAGUACAAGGGG